UUUAAUUACCUGAUCCCUUCAAUGGAUUCACUAGACUCUAGUGUCAUUAUAGCUGGACAGAAGCUCUUUAUCCUACAAAGAGACAGGUCUCACUCAUUCCAGUGGGAGAAAUAUGGAUUCAGAUUAGAGUCUCCUCAAGGAGCAGUGUCCAAGGAUACUGAAGUAGCUGUUAUUGCACUAGCUGGUGGUAAUUUCAAGGUACCCAAAGGUACUGUGCUAGUGAGUGCAGUAUAUGCAAUAUCAGUAUCUAAGGCACUAUUAAAACCACUGGUAAUAGAGCUACAACAUUGUGUGGAUCUAAGGAACACUAGUCAGACUGGCUGCCUCAAGUUUGUCAGAGCUCCACUGAAGUCUCCUAAUGCUUACCAGUUCAGUAUAGUUGAAGAAGGAUCUUUUAGUGUAGGGAACAGAUAUGGCUCUAUUGAACGUGAUGAAUUCUGUGCUUUUGGUAUUGUACAUGUUGGUAAUGGAGACACACCUAAUGGAGGUGGGACUGGAUCAGAGAAUGAUACACAAACUCAAGGAACAAAUAAUGAUAGUGAGGAGGAGACUAAUGGAGACACACCUAAUGAUAGCAGUAAUGGAGCAGGAGAGAAUAGUAGUGGAGGAGGAGCCACUUCAUCAACAAGUACUACACCACCUCAUA